CCACGGACCAGCCGCCCAAAGUUCUGGCCCUUGUGCGCAAGUGCGGAAGUGUGCUGGCCCCGAGUGUGACCGGUUUCCGGCCGGCGGUGCUGCACCGGCUUCCUGAGACGUGUAACGGCUGGUGGGCCGCAGCCAUGGCUGAGAGGAAACCUAAUGGUGGGGGUGGUGCCGCCUCCUCCUCGUCCGGCACUAAUUUACUCUUCUCAUCCUCGGCCACGGACUUCACCUUCAACGUGCCCUUCAUCCCGGUCACCCAGGCCGCCGCUGCCUCCGCCUCCUUGCUCCUGCCUGGAGAGGAUUCCACAGAUGUUGGGGAGGAGGACAGCUUUCUUGGUCAGACUUCUGCUCACACAUCUACCCCACAGACAUUUAGUUACUUCUCUCAGGUAUCAAGCAGUAGUGAUCCAUUUGGGAAUAUUGGACAGUCACCAUUAACAACUGCAGCAACAUCACCUGGACAAUCAACAUUCUCCAAGACCCCAGCUGCUCUCCCUUUUACAACUGGAUCCCAAGAUGUGUUGAAUACAUUUCCACCAUCCUUUUCGAAGGCUCAGUAUGUUCCUCCAGCUUCUUCACAGACGGGCACAAAUGCUUAUUUGCCUGCUCAGCCAAGUAGUCCCCCUCCUUCAAAUGUUGGGAGCCCACCCCAAGGAAUAUCCCAACAAGGAUACAAUCCCUAUCGCCAUACUCCCGUAAGCAGCAGAGCGAAUCCUUACAUUACACCACCACAGCUGCAGCAGUGCCAAACACCAGGCCAUCCCACCCAUCUGCCACCCUCUGGACCCCCUGUCCACAUGUACCAGACGCCUCCAGGAUCUCUGCCACCGGUUCCUCCUCCAGUGCAGUCAGGGCUGUCCCCUCCAGCGCAGCAGCAGGCACUCGCUAGACCUGUGGGCUCUGUGCCAGUGCCACCUCCUUUUAUGCUUCAAAACCAGUACGAGCCUGUUCAGCCCCACUGGUUUUACUGCAAGGAGGUAGAGCACAGACAGCUCUGGAUGCCUUUCAGUGUGUUGGACUCUUUGCAUCUUGAAGAAGUCUAUAAUUCAGUCCAGCCAGACCCUGAGAGUGUGGUUCUAGACACGGAUGGAGGGCGCUAUGAUGUUUACCUCUAUGACCGAGUGAGGAAAGCUGUGUACUGGGAAGAGGAGCCCACUGAAGUGAGACGCUGUACUUGGUUUUACAAAGGAGACACAGAUAGCAGAUUUAUUCCCUAUACAGAGGAAUUCAGUGAAAAACUAGAGGUCGAAUAUAAAAAAGCUGUAACCACAAAUCAGUGGCACCGCAGAUUAGAGUUUCCAAGUGGAGAGACUAUUGUUAUGCACAAUCCAAAGGUUAUUGUUCAGUUCCAGCCUUCGUCAGUGCCAGAUGAAUGGGGGACCACACAAGAUGGACAGACCAGACCCAGGGUUGUGAAGCGUGGAGUUGACGAUAACCUUGAUGAAAUUCCCGAUGGGGAAAUGCCUCCGGUUGACCAUUUGGUGUUCAUGGUGCAUGGCAUUGGACCGGUAUGUGACUUGCGCUUUAGAAGUAUUAUUGAAUGUGUGGAUGAUUUCAGGGUGGUUUCUCUCAAAUUGCUGCAGACUCAUUUCAAGAAAGCUUUAGAUGAUCGGAAAAUAAGCAGAGUGGAGUUCCUUCCCGUUCACUGGCACAGCUCCUUGGGUGGGGAUGCAACAGGUGUCGACAGGAAUAUUAAGAAAAUCACUUUACCAAGUAUUGGUCGGUUUCGUCACUUUACCAAUGAAACCUUGCUAGAUAUUCUAUUUUAUAAUAGCCCCACCUACUGUCAGAAGAUUGUGGAGAAAGUGGGAAUGGAGAUAAACCGUCUGCACGCACUCUUUAUGAGUCGGAACCCAGACUUCAAAGGAGGGAUCUCUGUUGCUGGUCACAGUUUAGGUUCUUUAAUAUUGUUUGACAUUCUGUCUAAUCAAAAAGAUUUGACUUUACCAAAGGCUUCAGGGUCUUUUGUUGUUGCUAAUGGAGCUGUGAAGCAGCCACGUGUCCAGGAGAAGCAGACGCCUGAAGACCCAAAGCUGGCCUUGGAUGAGCCCAGUGACCUUGAUGCUGAAAAUGAAGAAGUCCUGACUCUGCAGGAAACCCUGGCAGCACUCAGUCUCUCUGAAUACGCCAGCACUUUUGAAAAGGAGAAGAUUGAUAUGGAAUCUCUGCUGAUGUGCACAGUUGAUGACCUGAAGGAAAUGGGAAUACCCCUGGGGCCCAGGAAGAAGAUAGCCAACUUCGUCAAGCACAAGGCUGCCAAACUGGAACAGAAAAAAGCAGCCUCAGAAAAGAAGGCAGCGAUGGCGGCUUUGACAAAAGGACAAGAGGGAAGUGCUCAGAAAGCUAAAGAAGUGGCUUCUCUCCCCUCAGAGUCCAGUGAGUCUAAGAGGAGACUUCCAGUCGGUGCUUGUGUGUCUUCUGUGCAUGUGGAUUAUGAGUCUUUUGAGGUUGGCACUGGACAGGUUUCUGUUGUUUAUAGCUCAUUAGACUUUGAGCCAGAGAUUUUCUUUGCCUUGGGAUCUCCAGUUGGUAUGUUUCUCACUGUUCGAGGAGUGGAUCGGAUAGAUGAGAACUACAGACUUCCUACCUGUAAAGGAUUCUUCAAUAUUUAUCAUCCACUUGAUCCAGUGGCAUAUAGACUGGAACCUAUGAUUGUUCCUGAUUUGGACCUCAAAGCAGUUCUCAUUCCACAUCACAAAGGCAGAAAAAGACUUCAUUUAGAGUUGAAAGAAAGUCUCUCUCGCAUGGGAUCUGAUUUGAAGCAGGGUUUUAUCAGCUCCCUGAAAAGUGCCUGGCAGACAUUAAAUGAGUUUGCCCGUGCUCAUACCUCUUCAACUCAGCUGCAAGAAGAAUUGGAGAAGGUAGCCAAUCAAAUCAAAGAAGAAGAAGAAAAGCAAGAAGUUGAAGCAGAAAAGGUUGUUGAAAGUCCAGAUUUUUCCAAGGAAGAGGACUACUUAGGAAAGGUUGGAAUGCUGAACGGAGGCCGUCGAAUUGACUACGUUCUUCAAGAAAAGCCAAUAGAGAGUUUUAAUGAAUAUCUUUUCGCUCUUCAGAGUCAUUUGUGCUAUUGGGAAUCUGAAGAUACUGCCCUGUUAUUACUUAAAGAAAUUUAUCGAACAAUGAACAUUAGUCCAGAACAGCCCCAGCAUUGAUUGGACCUCAGCUUCACUCUCGUCUUUAAAUUUGGAAUGCAUCUUACAAACAGCUGUUGCCUGGAGGGAAGUUGAGUUCUUCUGGACAUGGUUUGCAUGUUUUGGCCGAUCAUUGGGGACACUACCACCCUGCGCCUUCUGAAGCGAAUUUCUCUGAGAGUUUCUUGGGCUGCGCUGGGACUGUGAAUUCAGACACAACAUUUGCAGGCAGGACAGGGUGGGUGGACUAGUUCAGCCACCAAGGUAUCCCCCGCCUCCCUCCCUCCCCAUUGUCAAGGAAGAGAUGUGCAGACUUCUCUGCCAUCCCUUCUGCGGGAAUAGUUAUUUUUUCACCCUUCCCUGAGGCUGUAGCCAUUUGGCGUACUCACUUUUUGUGCAGGUCUCUGUCUCCUUUUAGGUUCGUAUCCUGGGCAUCUUUUAUUUGCAUGGUGCGUAAAAUAAUGGUGUAUUAGAUUCAUUGAAAUAUGGUGUUUUAUUAUAACUUUAUAGUUUUUACUGUCUGGCAGUGCAAGUUAUUAGUAUGCCAUAGUCUUGGCAAUGAUUCCAAAUAAAUU